AUAGAAAGCCACGAAAUGAGCAAUCAUGAAUGAGGAUCAAUCCAGCGGCAAAAGUACCAGUGGCGAGAGGCGUCAUAAUCCUCGGUCAACUGGCAUAAGAACUUAUUUUCGUCGUCUUUGGUGGUGGAUACCCAUUGUUUGGGGGAGAACGACUGACCACUUUGACGAGAGUACUGACGUCAGUCGCAGUAUUGCAUCUCUAGAAGAUCAGAGCGACGGCGAUAUUGUUCGCAGCAGUGACUCGCCUAGUGAAGAAGAAGGCCAGAAUGCCGUUUCGAAGGAUGAUGGAAGAAAGAGUCCAGGGAAAUCUUCAUAUAAAGUAAAUCUUCCUGGAGCAGGUCCAACUGAAAAAGAUAUCAGCCAAGAAGACCAAGGUGUGAUUGCGGAAGAUAUGGAAAGAAACAUUCCAGAAUCUCGCUGGAGUCCUUGGGAGAGGUUAAGUUGCAGAAUUUGUAGAAGGGACCACAUUGAUCACGAAUCUCGCGGGAGUCUUCGACAGAGGUUACGUUGCAGAAUUUGUAGACGGGACCACAUUUUUCACGAUAUAGACUAUGACUGGCUUAUUCGAGCAAGAUUUCAAUACUUCAAUGCGGAAUAUAUGGAAAGAAACAUUCCAGAAUCUCACAGGAGUCUUCGGCAGAGGUUACGUUGCAGAAUUUGUGGAAGGAAUCACAUUGAUCACGAUAGAAGCUAUGAAAGGUUUAGUGAACAAGAAGAUCUAUACUUCUAUCUGGAAUAUAUGGAACGAAACAUUUCAGAUAUAAGCAAUGGCUCAACAAUGCCAAGGUCUAUGGAAGAAGAAUAUGAAUGCGUCGUUGCGGAAUACGAGAUGGAACGGAACAUUUCAGGUCUGAUGUUUUUAACGUAUGUAAACUACUUCUCACUUGUGAUCUAA